UUUUCAUGAUUAGACUUUUCCCGGCAAUCCUGAACCUAACUUUGUUUUAGAAAAACCGGCGAUCAAGAUAGAAUAUAAAAAUAAGAAUUUUUACUUGUUAAAUACAAAACAAUGUCUAGUUUUGUAAAAUUUAUCGAAGAAAAUAUACUUUAUGAAAUCUUAGCCAUAUCAUGGCUUUUGUUUUGGAAAUUUUAUUUAGAUCUUCGUCAGCGUGUUUUUAUGAUGCGUUUAACCAAUUUACCUAAAUCUCUCGAAGGUUUAAUGACAAAAGAUGUAUAUAAUAAAGCACAUAAUUAUUUAUUAGAUAGAUUAAAGUUUGAUAGUUUUGAAAGUAUAUAUUCUGAACUUUGUACCAUGAUAUUCUUGUUAACUUUAUGCUAUCACCGAUUUUGGUUAUGGAGCAUUAAUUUAGUUAAAUAUUUUGGCUUUAAUGAUGAAAAUGAAAUUCUCUUGAGUGGUAUUUGUAUGUUCAUUUUAAGUACUGUUAAUGAUAUAAUAUUUUUACCAUUUAAAAUUUAUUUUACAUUUGUUGUGGAACAAGCUUAUGGAUUUAACAAAGAGACACCAUUAUUCUUUGCCAAAGAUCAGCUUCUUAAAUUCAUUGUACAUCAAAUAAUCGUAGUACCUCUUUUAUGUGCUGUAAUAUGGAUUAUAAAGAGUGGAGGAGAGUAUUGCUUUCUUUAUCUUUGGAUAUUUUUAAUAGUUGCAGCACUUUUUCUUAUGAUUAUUUAUCCAGAAGUAAUUGCACCAAUCUUUGAUAAAUAUACACCUCUUCCAAAUGGAGAUUUGAAAACAAAAAUUGAAGCAUUAGCAGCAUCAAUUAAUUAUCCUCUUUAUAAAAUAUUUAUUGUUGAAAAUUCAAAAAGAUCUUCACAUAGCAAUGCAUAUCUCUAUGGUUUUUAUAAACAUAAAAGAAUUGUUUUAUAUGAUACCUUAGUAAAGGAAUAUUUUAAACCAACAAAAGAUGAAACAGAUGUAAAAGGAUGUAAUACUGAUGAAGUAUUAGCAAUAUUAGCACAUGAAUUAGGACAUUGGAAACACAGUCAUGCAUUAAAAGGAUUUAUAUUUGGCCAACUACAUUUGUUGAUGAAUAUUUUUCUAUAUGCAAAACUUAUUAAUUAUAAGCCUAUAUAUGAAGCUUUCGGAUUCAUGGAUACUCAACCUACAUUUAUAGGACUUAUUAUUGUUACUAUGUAUAUUUCAAAUCCUCCAAAUGUGUUAUUCCAAUUUAUAACAGUUAUAUUUAAAAGAAGAUUUGAAUUUGAAGCAGAUAAAUUUGCGAAAAAUUUAGGACAUGGAGAAGCAUUAAAAAGUUCUUUAAUUAAGUUACAAAAGGAUAAUCUUAGUUAUCCUCUUUAUGAUAAAUUAUAUUCUAGUUGGUAUCAUAGCCAUCCAGAACUCCUUGAAAGACUUGAAGUUAUUGAUAAAGAAAAUUAAUUUUAAUAUUUUUUUAUAUUACUUUAAUAUACUAAACUAUAUUAUCUUAAUAUAUCAUAAUAUAAUAACAAUUGUAAAACAUUUACAUUGUAUAGUAUAAUUAUAUAAUGAUUUUAUAAUUUUCAAAUGAAAUAUAUAUAAUUAAGUAAUAAUCAUAAUUAAGAAUUAGAAUUAAAAAUAA